GAAGCGCUGAAAGGGCUGGGCGUGCUCCCGCACGCCAUGGCGGCGCUCGGCGCCUACCGCUGUAUCGAGUGCAACGAGGAGGCGACGGAGCUGUACCGGGACUACCAGCGCGGGGUGCUCCGUAUCUCCAUCUGCAAAUCCUGCCAGAAACCUGUGGAUAAAUACAUUGAGUAUGAUCCUGUUAUCAUCUUGAUUAAUGCUGUUUUAUGCAAAGCACAAGCAUACAGGCACAUUCUUUUCAAUACAAAGCUAAAUAUUCACGGGAAGCUCUGCAUAUUUUGUUUGCUCUGUGAAGCUUAUCUCAGGUGGUUGCAACUACAGGAUUCAAGCCAAAAUACAGAUCCUGAUGACUUAAUCAGAUAUGCCAAAGAAUGGGAUUUUUAUAGAAUGUUUGGCAUAGCUUCUUUAGAACAAACUUCAUUUUUCAUUGGCAUUUUUAUUACCUUGUGGUGGAUGACACCUGAGAUGCUGAAAAGAAAGUCUGACUUCAUCUUACUUCUCAAAGCACUGCUGUUGUCCACCUAUGGAAAGCUCCUGCUAAUUCCAGCUGUUAUUUGGGAGCAUGACUACACGCCUUUGUGCCUUGCAUUUAUAAAAGUGUUUGUCUUGAUAUCAAACUCUCAGGCAAUUAGAGUUACAUUGAACUUGAACCGAAUACUCCCUUGGUUUGCCAUCUUCUUUGGAUUAAUUUUGGAAAAUGGUGUGGUCUGCUUGUUCCAGAAAAUGGGAUGGGAUGUUUGAAGUGUCAGCUCAGUGAAGAAAUACCAACAACAAGAUGAUAAUUUUCUAAGAAUGAUCUCUGCCAGCAGGCUCCAAAAGCACUGUUUUCAUAGGGAUAAAGAAGGUGAUAGAUAACAGCAAAGCAUUAGAAGUUUGGCUAUUUUCUGUGCUGAGCCAUAAAACUUCAGCCUUAGGUUGUUUACUUUCCCAUUAGAAUUAUGAAUGUCUCACUAUCCUAACAGUUUUAUAAAUCUGGCUGUAUUGCUGUGGCUGUAAGAAGAAAGGUACACUAAAAAAACCCAGCCCUGCUACCAAUCAGUGCAUUUUGGCAGAGAGAGGGGGAUGAAUUGUUCCCUUAAGAGUAAGGGAGUCAGUGGAAAAAUGUAAAAGCCAAAAUUUAUAUUUCUGUAAAACCAGAUUUUCAAAGAGAAAAGUGAACAUUUGCAAAUAGUUUAUUAGAGAAAAGGCAAGUAUUCCAGAGUGAAACUACAGUGGGAAAACCGAGCUGCAUUCUCUGGAAUGUUUAUGUUAACAACCCAAAAUAAUAAAAUAUCUAGUUCUAGAGUAACCUCUAAGAAUGAUAGUUUUAAACUGGCUUGACAUUUUAGGUGAUCUCAUAAAUACUUGAAAUUUUGUGUGAUCUCAUAAAAGCUGCUUUCUUCUGAAAGCUGAAGAGAGAGUGAAAGGACUGACUCCCAACAUGCAGGGCUGUUCAGGAUACUGCUUCUUCUGCAUUUAAGUCACAUCCCCCACACCCAGUCUUCAUCUGGCUGCACAUUUAGUGGAAGCAAAAAUUGAAACAUGAAGCCAUUCAGCAAUAGAGUAGUAGUUUAAAAAUAAUAAAACAAACAAAAAUGUUUAGGCUUCAAUUAAUGAAGAAACAUUUUUAGAAGUUCUGCACCUUCUUCCUCAGCAGGCAAAAGGAGAGCAUGUGGCCCACAAAGGAACUGACAGAAUCAGUUUCCACAAGACAGUAAAAAGGGCACAAACCCACUUUUGUGCAGACCAGUUUCCAUUCAUUCCAUCCAAUAUUUAACUCUCCUGCUUGAGUUCUGGAAGGCUGUACUGUCCAUUGGGAUUACUUCCAUUCUUUGUUUUCCUCAGAUGCUGUCUCAUGUCUGUGUUUUCCAGAGUGAAUCAAAAAACAUUUUGCAACAUCUUCAAGUUAAUUCCCAACAGGUUUAGAGCAAGUCUAGAUUAUGACCACAAAAGACAUCAAACGUGUUUGUCUGAUGGAACUGCCCAUGCUAUGCAAGUUACUUGAUCAGAAAAGCAAAUGGUUGCUAAUUCUCUUUUAUUAAAUCAAAGGCUGACAGCA